UGGGCAAGUAUUUCAACCAGGCCAGCGUCCCAUCCCUUCCCUUCCCCUCCAUCCCACAUCCAUCCCAUCGUCGCCAUGGCCGAGAGCACCCCUCUGCUUGACCAUGCCCGCAAGCGCAAGCACCAUGCCUGGCUUCCGGCGCGCAUCCAGCACCGACACCGUGCUUAUAGGAUGAGGCGGCUCUUCCCCCACAGCGACCUCUUGGACAUCUCGCAGCUGCAUUCGGCGCUCUCGGAGCUGCCCCCGCCCGCCGAGGACCCCAAUCCGACCUUCCUGCCGGCCUCGCUGCAGCCAAUCUACGGCCCGUUCCUCCGAUAUCACGACGUUCUUCCGCCAAACUCGUCGGCGCCCGUGCCGUCGUGGGUUUGGAAGGGCUCGGUCCUGGUGGUUGUCCAUCGCUCGGUCGAGCGCAAUCCGCAGCUUGCUGUCGCCAUCCCCAGCAUCCCCGAUGAGCGCCAACUGCUCGACCCCAUCGUCGUCGUUGGCGACGCUCCCGUGGGCUUCCGCGUCCUGCGCUACGACAUCGAAAUCCCCUUGACCUCCGAGUCCCAAACCAUCCGCUAUGGCAUCGACUUUUCUGAGCAGGGCACCGCUUCGUUCGUUGUCCCGGCCGAGAGCCAGAGCUGGCGUUGGAUGUUCUACAGCUGCAACGGCCUGAGCGUCGAUGUCAAGGACCCCCAGAAGAACUGGGGCGGUGUUACGCCGCUCUGGAAGGAUGUGCUUGCAGCCCACAAGCAGGAGCCUCUGCACUGCAUGGUCGGAAUCGGCGACCAGAUCUAUCAAGAUGACUUUUUCCACUCCCUGCCAUCCUUUAUCGAAUGGCUUGCUCUCGAAGACUCCGAAGACCUGCUCAGCCACCCGUUCACCCCGGCCAUGGAAACUGAGCUGGCCCAGUUCUUCCUGGUGCACUACCUCAUCCACUUCUCGCAGCCCGUUGUUGGCGAGGCCAUGCGCUCCAUCCCAAGCUUGAUGAUGGUUGACGAUCACGACCUCUUUGACGGAUACGGCUCAUACCCUGCCUAUCUGCAAAACUGCCCGGUCUUUCAGGGCAUCGGCCGAAUUGCUCGAGACUACUACUUCAUUUUCCAGCAUCAUACCACCUACGGCCAAUCUCUCCACUAUGGCCUCUACUCUGCCGGCCGCGGAGAGGGCCGCUCGUUCCUGCGUCUGCUUGGCCCCCGCACCGCCAUCUCCGGCGUCGACAGCCGUUUCGAACGAACCGAGAACCAAGUUGCCAACCGCGAGACGUGGGACUACACCUUCGACAAGGUCCUGCCAACGCUCCCGUCUUCAGUCGUGCAUCUCGUCUUCAUAGCCGGCGUCCCGUUUUCGUACCCGGCCCUGACCCUGGUCGAACGAGCCCUCAAGUGGGUCGCGUGGCUGCGCAAUUUUUCGUUCUUCCACGUCCUGCUGAAGAAAACGGGCCUCUUUGAGAACAGCCUUGGAUUCAUGUUCUUCCAGCCGCAGAUUCUCGAUGACCUCGUCGAUCACUGGAGUUCCCAUCUCGGCGAGCGAGACUAUGUUCUGGAGCGCCUCCGCCGCUACUCGCAGCAGACUUCGGCUCGAGUCACCGUGAUCUCUGGUGAUAUCCACUGUGCCGCUGUCUCCAAGAUCGAGUCAGACUCCCAGCCGUCCGCUCCCUCCGAUCGCGGUCGUCCAUCCCAAGACCACCGCCUGAUCUUCAAUGUGAUAUCGUCGGGCAUUGCCAACGUUCCGCCCCCAAAGUUUGUGCAGAGACUCUUUGCCUGGUCAGACACCCGCCGCCAGGUUGACGAGCACUCCACUGAGCAACUGAUUCCACUCUUUGAGCACGACGUGAAUGGAUCUCGGCUGGCGGAGCGCAACCGCAAGGUCAUGGGCCGCCGCAACUGGUGCCUGGUCGAGGAGCAGAGCCCGUCGAGUGACCCAGACGCUUCCCUGGCCCGCUUCACCUUCCAUGUGGAGAAGAAGCGUGGUGGAGGCAAGGGCAGCGCCGAGGAGGCCGAGCAGCUCGGAGUGUCCACUGUCGUGACAUAUUCCCUCGACGUUCCCAAGCUGUCGAUCCGCCGCCUUGACCAGGACGUUCGCCUCGGGGAUGUCUAUACGCCUACGCACGAGACACCUGCGCUGUCGCUGGACAGCACCAGAGAAGCCGACGCUCUUGACCAAAGUCUCCCUCCGAUCACUCACACACAGCUCCGACACCACGGCGAUGAGAUUGUCGUCCUGACCCAGGCCGUGGGGUCGCUCUGAAUGCCCAUCGCACCGUGCAUGGCUCUCCCGUUGUUAUAGUCCUGCCUCGAUGUUGUCUUGCCUCGAUGUUGUCCUGCCUCGAUGUUGUCCUGCCUCGAUGUUGUCCUGCCUCGAUGUUGUCCUGUCUCGAUGUUG